CCCAACCCAGGUCGACCUUCCCCGAUCCUAAUCCCCCACCUGCCGCUCCUCUCGACCCAACCGGCGACGUGCUCGCCGCUCCACCCCCAACCGGCGCCGCUGCCACUACCUUGCCCUCAACCGGAGAUGCGGCCACCGCCCUGCCCCCAACCAGAGAUGUUGUCGCCACCACCGUCACCUGCGCUCACCACCGCCAUCGUGGCCCUGACCACCAACCGCGCCUCCGCCGUGUCCUCCCCCUGCUUCAACUGCAGCAGCAGCCUCCCUUCCCCUUGCUUCCACGACGGCGGCAGCUCUUCGUCCCCGACCGGUGCAGCGGCUGCCUCCAUCCCACCCCGUGAGAUCCGCAACAAAUGCCCCCAUCCACCCCGCGGGAUCCGCCACUGCCGGAGCCGCCCUCCGCCCUGCCAUGAGUUGCAGCCCCCGCUUCGGCGCGUCGCUGCCGGCAACAGUUCCGGCGAUGAAGGGCUUCGCCUUCUCAUCGACCUCUGCACGGGGACCUCUGCCGACGGUCGUCCCACCCUUGGUGUUAGCUCAGGCUGCUACCUCGACGUCACGCGUAGAUGCAAGCUGGCCAUGGGGUGGCCACCCCUUGUGCGUGACCUGCACAGGCAUCUAUCGUGGACCUUCUUCGGCGCAUGUCAUCGACCUUCCCCGGCAUCUCUCACGCCAUGCGCGGCUCCCUAUCCAUGUGCCAUAUCCCGCAGGUCUGUCCCUCCUUCCCCGGCUUGAUGUCCUAAGCAGUGGUGGACGCAGCUACCUGAGGGAGCGAAGCCCGGCCUCCCAGCACCCGCAGUCGCACUGGACCCUACAAAAAGUAAAUAAAUCGCAAGUUCAGAAUAAAAAAACCGAGAAGUUCAAAAACAACCUUUACUGCCUUAUGUUGUUUGCCAACAAUCUUCAGUUUCUUCAGUAGCUCGUGCACAUUUUGCCUAAGCUAGUAUGUUCAGAAUCUUAAAUUGAUAGUUGACCUACAGGGAUAACCAUGUUGAUGGUGAUUGAAGGAUUCCUAUAAUAUUAUUAUAGAGACUGAAGGCCAACUUUUAUGCAUGAUGUGGGAGGAUCCCAGGAAUUGUUCUUGACCAAUCGAUGGAUUUCGAGAGAUGCAUUCAUUUCUCACAAGUUUCCAGGGGUUCAAGCUCAUUUAUAUAAGGAAUGCUGAAGGUUCAACAGCAGCACACUGUUUACUGUUAAGAGCGCCUACAAAUUAGCAUACUCUCUCAAAUCUCAAAGUGGAACACGUGCUUCUUGUUCGUCUAACGAGCUGUAUGACCGAAGUAUUUGGGACAUUAUUUGGAAGUCCAAAGUUCCUGGAAGAGUUAGUAUUCGGUAGGAGGGUCGCUACAGGCACAUUGGCUACCAAGAAGAAUAGGUGGAAGCGCUCACUGGAGACCAAAGUGUUUGUAGUAUUUGCAGUUGUGUGGAGGAAAAUGAAUUUCAUUCGGUGGUGGCAUGCACAAAAAGCAAAGCCUUAAGGAAUGAAAUGAGAAGACUAUGGGAGCUCCCAGGUGAAAAUAUAUUCCAGGAGUCGGGAGAGGAUUGGCUGCAGAAUCUGUUAUCUACUUGCAGCACUGAAACCUGGGCAAAAAUUCUACUUCUUUUUUUCUUGAACUUAAAAUUCUACUUCUUCUCUGGCGCUGUUGGCACCUGAGAAAUGACUGCAUUUUUAAGUUGGGGAAAGAGACAGUAGGCCAAUCGGCAGCGCUUCUGGAGCAACAUGUUGCUGAACUGGGUAUUGGUGGCCAUGGUUCGCUAGCAGGUUCAGGGGAAGAGGUUGUGCAACAUGUUGUUGAACUGGGUAUAUGGUGAGCAUUGGUUUGUCUUAGCUUUUUCAGUUAUGUAUUGGGAAUUACCUAAAGCUCAUCCGCAUGAUACAUUGGGUUGUACAUGAGAGCCGCUGAUUUUAUCGAACUACUGUUUUCAAUAUUUCUU